UCUCCUCUAUUUCUACGAAGAGAAUAAGAAAUUAGAGAACGCUGGAAUUAAGUAAUGGCGAAAACAAAAUUGAGUGUCAUGGUGGUAGUGCUGGCGGUGGCUUUGGUGGCUUUGGUGGAAGGAUAUGGGGGGAGAGUAGGAGGAAGGAUGGAGGUUAAAGACGUGAGGAGGAACGAGGAGGUGCAGCGAUUAGGAAGAUUCAGCGUGGAGGAGUACAAUCGUAGGAUGGGAGGCGGGGGAGAGGUGAAGUUCACGGCGGUAGUUGCGGCGGAGAGGCAAGUGGUGUCGGGAACGAAAUACUAUUUGAGAAUUUUGGGGACUCAAAAUGGGGAGAGGAAAGUUUUUGAUUCGGUUGUGAUUGUGAAGCCUUGGAUUGGUUCUAAGCGCCUUCUCGACUUUUCUCCUUCCGCAGUUUUUAGAACUCCCAUUUUUAAUUUUUGAUUUCUUUUUUUUUCUUAUUUUCUUGGGAAAAUGGAGUUUUCUUUUCUUUCUCAGAGUUGUGAAGCAGAAGAGGAGCUGUAAAUUUUUCUUCUUUCUUCCCAGUGAGCAAUAAGAAAUAAGUAUGAGUUUAAAUCUAAAACUCUGGCUAAUUUAUAAUCAUUUUAAAAUUUAAAUAGCCCUCAAACUAAUACAAUCUUUAUAAUGAGGUUUUUUUUUAUAUAAUUUAAAUAUAACAAUUUAGUAAAAUAUUUAAAUUGCAUACCAUUUUAGCAGCCCAACAAGCACAAGCCUA